AUGGAAAGCGACAUCAAUAAUAAGCUCAGGCUUACCAAAUUCGGAAUGGUGCCUGAGCCUAAUUUCCUGAACGAAAUAAACUCUUGCUUGAUCUCCACCGUGCCCGAUGGGUUCAACAACCGGGUUGAAAAUGGAAGCAUCAACCUCAAAAACACCCCCAGUUUUGGUUUCUGUGAAAACGUGAUCUUGGUUGAAAAUGGCAAAGAUCAGGAAGCAGAGGAAGUGGUGGAAGCAGACACUAUGAUACUUUGCACAGGGUUCAGGGGCAUCCAUAAGCUCAAACACAUCUUUGAGUCCACCAUUUUCCAGGAUUACAUUUCCGGGUCAAAUGAUGCAGCGGUUCCGCUAUACAUGAUCUUCAGGGAGUGCAUUCACCCUAAGAUUCCAAACCUGGCGGUUAUUGGAUUCUCAGAAAGCCUUUCGAAUCUGUACACAUCGGAGAUAAGGAGCCGAUGGGUGGCAGAGCUCCUCCACGGCACCUUCAAGCUUCCAAGUGUUCAAGAAAUGGAGAGAGACAUAGCAGCUUGGGACAAUUUCAAGAAGAAAUAG